GCUAAGCCAAUCAGAGGACAGCGGCGGGAAAGACAGCUGAUCUAGAAAGAGUUGCGGGAGAUUCAGCGCAACUUUGGUUUCGGGCGGCCAGAGAGAAAAGAAAACACGUUUUGCGUUGUACCGAGAGGACUUCUAUCAACUUAAUUUAAGAGGUUAAUCCAAAAUGCCCAGCACACGCUCCCAGGGACGAGCUCAGCCCACACUUCAGUUCCCUCGACGUAAAUCCUCCAGAGUUUCCUCCCGCUCCAAGAAGCCGGAGCCCCAGAAGUCCCCAGCUGUGUCACCAAUCAAGCCUGAACCUCAGGCCCCGGGGCUGACGCGGAUCGGACCCCUCUCCCCGAGACGUCCCAUUAACUUGUCCACCCCACUGUCCCCCAGACGCUACACAGACCGGCCCACUCCUCUCUCCCCAAUGCGGCCAGUCGCCCUCUUGUCCCCUCUUUCACCCAGACGCACUUCAGCCCAGCCACCAGCACCUUCCUCCCCUCGUCUCCAAAGCCGGAUCCCCCUCAGCCCUCGAAAGCGCACAGGUGAUGACAAUGUCUGCAACCUUGGCACCUCCCUGCAGUGCUCACCUACAAAACAGAGGAAGCUGAGCCUGGCCUCACCACGAAAACUCGGCUUUGAUGAGAACUCGCCAGUCCAGGCUCGUCGUCAGCUGAUCCCAUCCUCGGGGCAACAGACGCCCCCUUCCACCGCCAAAUCAUCUCCGAAACGAGAAGAAACGCCUACAGGGAGCCCCAUCCAUAAAAAUCUGAACAAGAAGCCACCCGUUGCUCGACUGUUUGGAGAAAUCCUUAUUGGGAUGUUUAGAAAGCUUCUUGUUCUGGAUGAGAUGGAUCAGCUGGACAGCAAAGCCCAGGAUGUCCUCUACACAAUCUUUGAAUGGCCGUACCUGCCAAAGUCUCGCCUCUGUCUCAUCGGUAUUGCAAACGCUCUGGAUCUGACUGACCGGAUCCUGCCCAGACUGCAGGCUCGUCCCCAGUGUCGCCCUCUGCUGCUGCACUUCCCUCCCUACAGCCGGGAGGAGCUCACGGCCAUUGUACAGGACAGGCUUGUACAGGCGUCGGCUGAAGGGCUCCUCGACGCUUCUGCAGUUCAGUUCUGUGCCAGGAAAGUUUCAGCUGUGUCGGGAGACGCCAGGAAAGCUUUGGACAUCUGCAGGAGAGCAGUUGAGAUUGUAGAGUCUGAUGAGAGGAAAAAAGCAAGUGAUCCAAAGGGUGAAAGUAAAGCGUCCCGGGUCAGCCUGCCGCAGGUUGCGAGAGUGCUGUCGGAGGUCUACGGCGACCGCAUGGCGUCUCAGAGCAGCGGUUCAGAGGGAGAGAGUUUCCCCCUGCAGCAGAAGCUGCUGGUGUGCUGCCUGCUGCUGCUCAUCCGCAAUGGGAAGAGCAAAGAGAUCGGCUUGGGAAAGCUCCAUGAGGUUUACAGCCGCCUGUGCGCUCAGAGGCAGGUGUCUGGAGUGGGUCAGGGCGAGUGUUUGUCGCUCUGCAGUCUGCUGGAGAGUCGAGGGAUCGUUGCCCUGAAGAAAGCCAAAGAGGCUCGUCUCACUAAGGUGUUCCUGAAGAUCGAGGAGAAAGAUGUCGAAAACGCUCUGAAGGAUCGAACGCUGCUGGGCAGCAUCCUCGCUGCAGGACUCCCCUCGUGAUCUUGUGAUCGUUCCCUCUUUUAAAGACUCAUUUUUAAGGUUGCACAAUGAGCCAAUGUUCUGUGGGGUUUUGUUUUUCUUCAAAGACGUUUUUUGGUUCUCAUUUUUGCUGGGAGUUUGUAGUUUUAAUGACGCUCAGUUGAGUUCAGAAUGUUGAGCUUGCAUCAAAUGAACUGUUUCAGUUUUGAAACCUCUUUAAGCUUUGAAUAAAAGUGAAGCUGUUUUA